GAUGGUAGUAGUACUUCACCGUAGCUAGCCGGCCACCAACAAGCUAGAGAGCAAGCAAGCAAGCAAGCAGCAGAUGUUUCAGUAGUAGUGUUGUCGAUCUUGCGUUGCUCUCGAAUCGAUAGAUGAUGGCUCGUUCUGCUUCGCUCGCUGCCGCAGUACUGGCGGCUCUAGCCGCCCUCCUGAUCUCCGGCUGCGUCGCCCAGCCGCCGGUGGCGCAAGGCCUGUCGUUCGACUUCUACAAGCGGAGCUGCCCCAAGGCGGAGGCCAUCGUGCGGAGCUUCGUGCAGGACGCCGUGCGCAGGGACGUGGGCCUCGCCGCGGGCCUCCUCCGCCUCCACUUCCACGACUGCUUCGUCCAGGGCUGCGACGCCUCCGUCCUGCUCGACGGCUCCGCCACCGGCCCCGGCGAGAAGCAGGCGCCGCCCAACCUCACGCUCCGACCCUCCGCCUUCAAGGCCAUCAACGACAUCCACAACCGCCUGCAGAGGGAGUGCGGCGGCGCCGUCGUCUCCUGCUCCGACGUCCUCGCGCUCGCCGCCCGAGACUCCGUCGUCGUGUCGGGAGGUCCGAGCUACCGGGUGCCCCUGGGCCGGCGCGACAGCCCCAGCUUCGCGACGCAGCAGGACGUGCUCGGCGGCCUCCCGCCGCCCACCGCCACCGUCCCGGCUCUCCUCGCCGUGCUCUCCAAGAUCAACCUCGACGCCACCGACCUGGUGGCGCUCUCCGGCGGCCACACCAUCGGCCUCGGCCACUGCACCUCCUUCGAGGGCCGCCUGUUCCCGCGCCCGGACCCCACCCUGAACGCCACCUUCGCCGGCCGCCUCAGGCAGACCUGCCCGGCCAAGGGCACCGACCGGAGGACGGUGCUGGACGUCCGCACGCCCAACACGUUCGACAACAAGUACUACGUGAACCUGGUGAACCGGGAGGGGCUCUUCACCUCCGACCAGGACCUCUUCACCAACGCCGCCACCAGGAACAUCGUGGCCAGGUUCGCGCAGAGCCAGAAGGCCUUCUUCGACCAGUUCACCUCCUCCAUGGUGAAGAUGGGGCAGAUCAAGGUGCUCACGGGGCCGCAGGGACAGAUACGCAGGAACUGCUCCGCGCGCAACACUGGCACCGCCGGCAUGCCAUGGUCCAUCCUCGACGAGGCGGAAAGCCUCGUCUUCUAAACUGCCGGCCGCCUAGCUCCUGGCUGCUCGUACGUACCAGUUUGAAGGACAGCUUCUAGCUAGCUAGGAUUAGCCGUGUUCAGUCAGUGUGCAUGUACGUGGUUCCUGAUCGAUGCUGACAGGAUCGGAUGGGAUGAUGCAGCGCCCCACCAGUACGUAAAGCAUCUAGCUCAGCUUGGGGAAAUAAAUUAAAAGUGACCAUGCAUGGCAGAACAAAAUCAGAGUCCGGUGUGUACACCUAUAACUAUA